AUGCCCAACAAGCAACGGAAUAUGACCCGACCACCCCUUCCAGGCCCCGAUCCCACCUCAAGAAACAUGACCCGACCAACACUCCCUGUGCCUGAGGCAUCCUCCAGUCACAGUGGUGCGCCUUCGCUCAUCCCUCAGUUAGACAACUUUGAAUACAUCUGGGCUGAUCCUGAUUCGGUAAGGCAACAAUGUGAAGAGUUUCCCAGAAACAAGGAUGGUCAUGGGGUGAAGCACCGCCAAGAGUGGCUCAAAUCUGCUCUCAACCUACUUUCCCGGUGUAGGGACCCCCAACAAGUAUUGGAGCUGCUGCGCCGUCAAAAACACGAGGAGUUGUACCGACUUGAAAUGCACCUCAGGGGCCUGGAACUCGCGGAGUUGGAGCUUCAGGAUGCUCGGAAGAGUAUUCGUGCUGCGGUGCCCAAGGGAGAGGGUCAAGAUGACAACUAA